AUGACGGUUACGGACCAAAGUAUGGAGGCCAAAACAGACAAGGAUUCUGGAUGCCUGUACAGUGCCUACUGGCCUCAACAAAAUGGCGAAGUAGAGAGACAAAACAAAAGUAUUGAGAAAAAAGAUUUACAAGAUAGCUUGAAUGACUUCCUCAAGAUGUAUAAUUCAACACCUCACUCUGUAACAGGGAAAACACCAACAAAAUUGUUUUACAAAAGACAGAACUUAGAGGCAAAAAUAAAGAACAAAAAGAGAGAGGAAAAGAACACGGAGACAAAAGAAGAAAGGCACAGAAUGUGGAUUUGA